AUGGCCUCUGUGUUGUGCAUAUAUACGCCGGUGGUGUGUGCAGAACGGGCCGCAUCAGGACGGGCCAGCUCAUGGAGGCUGGCAAUGUUGACGCUAGCAAAGUUCAAGUCAAUCGUGGAGGAGUAUUCUUCUUCAGAAUCGGAUCGCGAAUAUAUCAUUGGCCCGCGUGGAGUCAGGCGCGCCGGAUCUCCAACCUGGAAAUUCUACUGGGGGAUUUCAACAUACAUCAUCCUGUAUAGGGAGGCGGCAGUAUAG